AUGUCGUUUGAAACAAAAUCCUAUUUUUGUGUUGCGGAGGGAUGUAAUUCUGAUGAGAGAAAAAGAGGAAGAUAUGGUUACAUAAAAGAUGUAAGAUUUGACCCCUUUCCAACCCAGAAAAAAGCGCCUGCACUAAGAAAACGCUGGCUGGACCUCUUGAGAAGGGAAAAUUACGAACCAAAGAGAAACCACAGAGUAUGCUCUCUUCAUUUUAAGGAAGGCAGACCAACAGAAAAUCAUCCAUACCCAGAGCUCUUUGCAUAUAAUAAUUUUAAGGAAAGUCUGAAGAUGCGUUCAACAACUUCAAUAUCUAAGAGGGAACAGUUGUGUAUGGUAACAGACACUCAGUUUGAUAUCUCAGUUCCUCCCCCAGUGAAUUCCCUGGCUGCCAGUGAAAGUGUACUUCAAUCACUGAUCAAUAAUGAUAAUUCAUUGUUUGUUGCUGGAGUCAGUGGAGAAUUGAAUGGAAGUUGGCCAGUUAAUCAAGAAAUUGAAGUGACUGUUCAUGAGUGUCCAACAGUUGCAUCUCUUUCUGUCACAGGUACUCAUGUAGAAAUGGACCACUGUUACAUCAGUGGCAGCUUUUGCAGUAAUGACAUGUCAACCAGAGAUAUAGGAAUCUAAACAACACCCACUACUGCAGAUAUCAAGGUUCUGGAGGAGAAAUCAACCAAACUUGAGGAUCCUGAGAAACUCAUGAGAGAACUGUUUGUCAACAAAGUUGUGAAAGAUGACAAAUAUGUACGAAUGUAUACUGGACUACCAUCGAAGACAAUCCUAAAUGGUGUAUAUGGUAUG